AUGUUAUGCACGAGAAGAACUGUUUGUAUCCCUUUACGGUUGAUUGGCUCGUUUCAUACAAAGUACAAAUUUGUGCAACUAGAUGCCUCUGCAGAUGUCAUUGAAACAUGUAGAGUGCAAGUUGACCGUUAUAAUUCUCAGUUGCCAGAAAAGUGUCAGUUGGAUCAUGCACUACCGCUACCCAAGAAAACACCAGCAUACCAAAAGCAUGUUUUAUUGAUAUCACCGGGUUCAGGCGCCUGGAAGUGUGACUGGCAGAGCAAGUUGGAAUUAAGCGUGGAAUGGCCGUAUUCAUUUAUCUCGAAGCUUAAGAAUGCUCUGUUGAAGAUCGACGGGUCUGGGGGGAUACUAUUUAAUGCUAUUUGUUUACAACAUGGCAAACCACUAUUGCCUAAGACCUCGAUGGAUGAAUAUGCUGCAUUCUUGGUGAUCCCCGAUUUCCGCAUCUAUAACGUUCACAAAGAAAGAAUUGAAGAAUUCGCACACUUUUUGACUGGUAACGAGAUAUGCUCGAAUAGGCCUCCUCCUUCAAAGUUAUUAUUCAAUGACUUUCUGCGGGGGGCAUCAAAAACUAUUAUAAACAAAGAAAGUCCUGUAGGCAUAGAAUCGAAACCAAUCGAGAAUCCUUUUGAAGGUGAGAUAUAUGAUAGGAGCUUGGUUCUUAUCUGUGGGCAUGGAAAGCGCGAUACAAGAUGUGGUGUUAUCGCACCUGAAUUGGUUUCCAGUUUAUAUAAGGAGUUAGGUGAUGUGGACACUGAUAUUGCGAUUGUUUCCCAUAUAGGCGGUCAUAAGUUUGCAGGGAACCUUAUUUGGUAUAAGAAUUUUGGUACAGAUAUCAAGGGGAUAACAAAAUUUGAUGCAUUGUGGUUUGCAAGAGUGAUGCCAGGUGCGGUACCCUUGCUAGUCUCAAAGGUAUUAAAGAAUGAAAUAAUUGAGAAUUUUUAUCGUGGGGGGGUUUCGAACAAGCGGAAUGAAUAA